GAAGAAAUGAAAUGAAAAGAGAACUCCAUUAAUUUAAUUCUUCUGCUCCCAUCCAUGGAUUCAUCAAACACACUCAUCGAUUCUCUAACUUCACAUAUCUCUCUUUACCAUCAUUCCUCCUCCUCCUCCUCCUCAUCGUCUUCAAAUUCAAACCCUAGAACUUCAAUUCUCCGUUGGUUUUCAUCUCUAUCAAUCCACCAACGGCAAUCAUAUCUAACAACAUUCGAUGAAAAAUUCAUCGAAAUCCUUACUCAAAUGCAGACGAAAUUACUUAAAAAUGGUCAUGGUUUCUUCAUACUCCUUCCAGAUCUUCUGUCUCAUGAUAAUCGUUUACCUAGUUUAUGUUUCCGAAGAUCUAAUGGUUUAUUAACUAGGGUUAGUCAAUCUAAUCAAGCUCAAAACAAGGUUUAUCAAUCAAUUAGGUUAUUUAGUUCUGAAGCUGAUACGGAGAAGAAGACGAGUAUGGCAAAGCUUGAUUGUAUGACUGUUUCUGAAGAAAUGGUGAGAGAUGUUGAUGGUUUUGUAGAGGUUAUGGAUAGUAUAUCAGGUGGAGAGUUUUUGAGAGGUGAAGAAGAGAAAAAGAAUAGUAGUAGUGGUAGUAAUUUGGGAGAAUGGAAGGAAAUGAAUUGGUUGAAGGCUAAAGGUUAUUACAGUGUAGAAGCAUUUUUGGUAAAUAGAUUGGAAAUUGCAUUGAGGUUAUCGUGGUUACAUUGUAAUGUUAGCAGUAAUAGUAAAAGAAGAGUUAAGGAGAAGGAGGCGAAUGUUGCAGGUGUAACCUCGAAUAUAUAUUGGAGAAAUAAAGGUUGUAUGGAUUGGUGGGCAGCAUUGGAUCCUGGACUGAGGAACAACAUCUCCAGGAUUGUCUUAGGAAAAGCAUCAAAGUUUCUGAUGAGCGAAAUUAUGAAGGGGGGGAAUAUUGCUUCGGAGCUAGAAAUGCGGCUCUUUGGUGCACAAAAUGAGAGGUUUGAACGUCAGAGGUCCAUUAAGAUAGUGUCAGCUGAUUCAGAAUUUCUUCCACCGAGAAUCCAGUCUCCAGUUUCGGGAAAGCAGAAUCACUGGUCCAAGCUUUGCAAUUGUCUAUCUGUGCUUCAGGAGAUCUCAUCGACGAUAGUAGAGUGUCAGCAUAGUGACUUUGAAAAUGAAAAGCUUUUCUUCAGUACAAUAGGUUCCAUUCAUACCACUUCUGAUGUUUUAUUAAGGAAGUUCCGAGGAUUAUUGAUGGUUGUUUCAAGUGACUGUAUUAAACUUGAGCUCCUUGAGGGGGACAAUUUGAGCUCGCCAGGGAAUAAAGUUGCAGGCAAGAUUGGCGUUGGUAAGAAGAGAGGGAAGGGGAAAAAUCGGAAUGUGGGAAAGCCCAGUCAUGACUCAAAAUCACGUGUGGCUACUGUUGCCUCACAGAAGCAUCCCGAGGAACAUGGUUCUGAAGAUGGUAAAGAGACUCAAAAUCCAUCUAGUGCCAUUAUACCUCAAGGAGAGGAUCGUAAAUUGUUGGUAAGAGUUGAAAAGGACUGCAGCACGGGAUUAGUUGCUGGAAAGUCUGGUAAGAAAAACAGGUCGAGGAGCAGGAAUCAACGGUCAAGCUUAAAAGAACCAGUUACAAUAGAGAAUUCUAAAGUUAGAAACAAGAAACCAGCUUCAUUGUCGGUUUCCUUUCAAAGUGAUGAUGGAACUGUAGUUUCGUCAGCUGGUGCUUCGGCUGGUCAACAAAUACCUGAGGAUAUUAGUGCCCAAAGUUCAAGUUUCCUUAAGCCUGAUUCGGGGAAUGACAGUGAAGUAACCAAUAACGGGCAAGAGAACUCUGUUGGUCUGAUUGAAGGUAGUUGUAAUCUUGGAACUUCCGUUAUUUCUCCUGGGGAGGAGACUUUAGAAUAUAAAUUAGUUUCUCAUGUAAUUACCACGGUUUCACCGUCAAGGCAUAUUGAUAGAAAUAGCAAUGAGAAGCUCAAGCAGCAAAACUUGGGACAGUCAAGUGCUACUACUCAACCUUUGGCUUCAUCAGCACCGCUAAUAACCAACGAAUCAAAUAAUGAAACUGCCUCAAUUCAGGGGCGAGUAGGUGGAAAUUGUCCCCCGCAGGGUCCCACAGGUUUCUUGGAUUGUGCGUCGUAUGAGUUGCCUAGCUUAGCUGCUGUUCAGUUUUCAUCUGUGAACUCACAACAUCUCCCAGCUGCGACUGAUAGGCUGCAUCUUGAUGUUGGUUGCAACUGGCGUAAUCACUUUCAGCAAUCUUUUGUAGCGACUAGGCAUCAGUCAAUCAAUCCAUCAAUUGAAGGCGCGCGCAGCAAGAUGUUGCCUCGCCCUACGUCAAUGAGUUUGGACUGGCCUCCAAUGGUAAGAACUGCUAGUAGGCUAGCUGCAUCUGUGGCGUGCAAUUAUGAUUCUGGAUUCAUCCCAAGGUUGCAAUCUCCAUAUAGGCAGGGUUUCACCCCUCACAACGUGCAGAUUAAUGGAAAAAUGUCUGAGGAAGAAAGCAAGUAUCCUGGGGUAAUUUUGGAUUUGUGUGACCGACCACCAGAACUAGCAGCUGAUGACAGUGAAAGCCAUUGGGUAUCAGAAGAAGAGUAUGAGGUGCAUCCCUAUUCUGAAAGGGAUUAUAGUCAGUUUUUUGGUGGAGGGGUGAUGUACUGGAAUACUUCUGAUCCUGCGGUAGCAGGCUUUUCUCGACCUCCUUCUCUUAGUUCUGAAGACAGUUCCUGGGCAUGGCAUGAAGCCGAUCUUAAUAGAUCUAUUGAUGAUAUGGUUGGCUUCUCUUCAUCAUAUAGUGCAAAUGGGAUGGCUUCACCACCUUCUGUUCCUUUCUGUUCACCGUUUGAUCCUUUGGGACCUGGGCAUCAGACCCUCAGUUAUGUUAUCCCGCCAAAUGAGGUAACUGGUAAUGGAGCAGUUGAGGAGAAUGUUUCUGUUUCUCUGGCCAAUGCAUCUUGUGGUACUGUAGAAGGGAAGACUGGAGACUCGUUUCCUUAUCCCAUUUUGCCGCCAAUUAUUAUUCCAAAUAUGUCAAGGAAGGGAUCAAGAUCUGAGUUUAGGCUUAGUCAUGACCACAAAAGCCCUUGUAUUCCUCCUGCAACUAGGCGAGAGCAACCUCGGAUAAAGCGACCUCCAUCCCCCGUAGUGCUUUGCGUUCCAAGACCUCCUUGUCCACCUCCUCCUUCUCCUGUGGGGGAAUCUAGAAGGAGGAGGGGCUUCCCAACUGUGAGGUCUGGUAGUUCUAGCCCGAGGCAUUGGGGAAUGAGGAGUUGGUACCAUGACGGGACUAAUUGUGAAGAAGCCCGCCUGUGCGUGGAUGGUGCAGAAGUUAUUUGGCCUUCUUGGACAAGAAAAAGUCUAUCAACAACUCCAUUGAUUCAACCUCUACCAGGGGCACUACUACAAGAUCAAUUGAUUACAAUCUCGCAACUGGCCUUAGAUUUGGAACAUCCCGAUGUUGCGCUUCCUCUGCAACCUCCGGACUUACUGAAUUCUCCUGGUCGUAAGGUGUCUCUUUCUUUAAUUCAAAAUCUGCUUCAUGAUGAAAUUGAUUCUUUCUGCAAGCAGGUUGCUGCUAAGAACUUGAUCAGGAAGCCGUACAUUAACUGGUCUGUGAAGAGAGUUGCACGGUCUCUGCAAGUCCUAUGGCCUCGGUCACGGACAAGCAUUUUUGGUUCAAAUGCAACUGGCUUAUCCCUUCCAUCCAGUGACUUGGAUCUUGUGGUUUGUCUCCCUCCUGUGCGGAACUUGGAACCCAUUAAAGAAGCUGGGAUUUUGGAGGGACGUAAUGGCAUUAAAGAAACUUGCCUUCAGCAUGCCGCUAGAUACCUUGCAAAUCAGGAGUGGGUUAAAAACGAUUCCCUCAAGACCGUAGAAAAUACAGCUAUACCAAUUAUCAUGCUCGUAGCUGAGGUUCCAGAUGAUCUUAUUGCUACUAGUGGUAGUGUUUUAAAUGGGCAAACACUAAAAGCGGAGUCAAUUCAAAGUACUGGUGAAGAAAGCAACAUUGGCGGUACCGAGGGCUUAGAAACUUCAUCCUGGGAGAAGGGCUUGGAGUUGAAAAAUGAUGAUGGUGCGGAUGCGAAAUCAGUUCGUAUUGAUAUUAGCUUUAAGUCUCCUUCACAUACAGGACUGCAAACAACUGAACUGGUUAGGGAGCUCACUGAGCAAUUUCCUGCAGCUACACCCCUCGCUCUGGUACUAAAGCAGUUCCUGGCAGAUCGUAGCCUGGAUCACUCUUACUCAGGAGGUUUAAGCUCAUACUGUUUGGUUUUAUUAGUUACACGGUUUCUUCAGCACGAACACCAUCUUGGUCGACCUAUCAAUCAAAACCUUGGAAGCCUUUUAAUGGAUUUUCUGUACUUCUUUGGGAAUGUGUUUGAUCCUCGCCAAAUGCGUAUUUCGAUCCAAGGAACUGGCGUUUAUGUGAACAGGGAGAAAGGACAGUGCAUUGAUCCGAUUCAUAUUGACGACCCUCUCUUUCCGGCAAAUAAUGUAGGGAGGAACUGCUUCCGCAUACACCAAUGUAUCAAGGCUUUUGCAGAUGCUUACACCAUUCUGGAGAAUGAACUUUCUUGCCACCCUAGUAAUGGAGAUACAAGUACAAAUCCUCCUUGUGGACUACUGUCAAAAAUUAUUCCAAGUAUUGGUCUUGUGUAGCAGCGACUAUCAAAUUGUCUAUAAUCUGGUGCUAUUACAGGCGUUCAUGAAGUCUUUAAAGUGUCCGCUUGGCACACUAGUGAUAGCAAUGCAAGGUAUUGUGGCUAUUGCCUAUUACCAGUAGUAGUAAUGCCAUGCAUUAGAACUACCUGCGGUAUAGUAUCUAGUGUUUGGCAUGCACAUAUAAGGGAUGUAAUGGAAAGAUGGAAUUUCAACUUCAGGUGUUUGGCAUGCAAUGUUUCUCUUGUUUUGGUUAAUCUUGUGUUUUAGGUCAUGACUUCAGAGAUCUCCAGAGAGAUUAAUCAUGUGGAGAAGAAACUCCCUAUCGUUAAAACUUCUGUACCUAUCAAACCCUAACCCUAAUCUUCAAUACCCGAAUCCUCUUCUUCGUUCUGCAGUAAUUUUCAAUGGUUAUGGAGUUCGAGCAGGGGUUUCACAGAUUCAACUUCACUCAUCUAGUGGAGAAUUUCCAUCCUGUUCUCCUAAUUCGCUGAAAUUAGGGCUCGAGAAAUCUGAUGCAGAUAGAGCUUUAAGGUUUUCCUCUUCAUCUUCAGCAGCAGCAGAUGUCGUUGGACCUUCUGUAGCUACAACUACUAUUACUGCAACCUUAACAAAAGCUAGAGAUGUUGCUGAGAUGGUUGGGCAUUAUGGUCGUUGCUAUUGAGAAUUAUCUAAAGCUGACUCAGCAUGCUACUUGUGGCAACUUCUGGGGAAGGAUCUGUUCUUGGAAGUGGUGGUGCAGUUGAUGCUGCCUGGACUUUGCUUGACCUGUACUGGUACCACGAUGGUUGCAGCAUCUGGAGACCCCAUGAAUCAGGUGUUUGAAAAUAAAAAACGACACCAAAAUGAAGUGACCGGCAAGUAGGCCGCUCCCUUCUGGGCGAAUUAACCUCCUUCAUGCCGCCGUAUGGACUACUACUAUUGGAGUAAUAGGCACAGCUUUAAUGGCAUGCAAGGUUGAUGCAGGCAAAUAUGUUGACAGCAGGCUCGCGGCCUCGACUCUUGGUCUUUAUGCGUUUAUAUGUGCUCCCUGUAACCGACUGAAUACAUGUGAAACUACUUUUCUGGGUUUAAGCAAGUCCCCUUACAAACACAGUCCUGCUCUCUAAGUUGAAAUAUUUAAGUUUUUUGGGGUCGCCUUGACCUCUUUUUCUUGUAAUUUUGCUAUUAAUAUAAUCUUUUGAACUUGGCAGAAAAAAAAAUCUAAGUCGAAAUGGAAUUUGACUUUGUAAAUAGGUGUCCUUAGUACCCUCUCAGUAUAAAUUUGAAUUUCAUAUUUUGUAUGAGUUGUCACCUGUGGCUGGACCUGAUAGGAGGUGCAAGUUCCUUCUCUUAUAUGUACUUGGUAGUUCUUGAAAGUAAAUUACAGUACUUACUUUGUUC